AUGACUUUUCGCUGUAAGCGCUGUGAGAAGAAGAACCUUCGUUGCUUCGUAGAUACUGCGUCCGGGCAGUGUGCUGGUUGUAUCGCUGUGAAGGCUGAGUGCAGCUUGUUUGUGACUGAGGAAGAGUGGGAAAAGGUUGAGGCUGAGAAGCGUCAAAAGCGUCUUGAGCUUGCUCGUUCUGAGGAACAGACCGCGCGACUUCGUCGCGAGCUCCUAGAGGUCGAGGAGCGAGAGCGAGCGUACGCUGACCGUGAUCAUGCCAUUCUGAACCUUCAGAAUCGUGAAAAAGAGGAGGCUGAGGGGAGUUCCGCCCCUGGUAUGGAGUUUCCGGCAACCGAACCAUCGCUACCCGUACAAUCGACUGACCCGGGCUGGUUACAGGCUGAUUACUCUUCUUCUUCUUUCGACCCUUUACCUCUUGAUUACUUCCUUUCCUACGAGAAUCCGAUUCUCGCUUCUGUGGAUUUUUCCGAUGGUACUCACGUCCUUGAUUUCCUUGACUACGUACUCGUCGUCUUCGAGCUCGAUAUCUUCCAUUAG